GGUUGUGCGAACCAAGCUGCGCGUCCGAACGUCUUGGCGCCAACCGUUUCCAUCCCUUUCGUUUCGGUACGUGUACCGCUAGGGUGUACCGAUGCAGAUGCUGCUGAUCCGGCCGGAGCUGAGGAAAUCCGAACGUUGUGCCAACGAUCAGUGGUUCGUUUGAGACAGAGGCGCAGGUCGUCAAGCACCGCUCUCUCUCUCUGUCUCUCUCUCUCUGUGUCUCCGCCCAACCCCCCCCAUGCUUAGUGGCCGAUUGCCGUCUUAGUCGGGUGUGAUUAGUGUGUUCCGAUUGCACACGAUCGACGAAGCAGUUCGAAGCAGUUGUAAUCGCACCGUGGACACCGCGCGUGCUGUCGAAGCGUUUCGCGAGUGAUCAGGUGCAGCUGCGAGGCAGAGAAGUGUUCUAUCCUGGUGAGUGAGUGCUGGUGAGGCCGUUCAGUUGCUUCGACGCUCUCGAUCGUGCUGCGAAUCGCUUUCAUCUGCUUUGCUGCCGUUGCACCGCUGUCGAUUUCGCGAGUUGCGCAAAACCAAGAAAACUCAUUCCUCACGCCUCAGCAUCGGCCACAACACACACAAGUGGUCUGAAAAUGAAGAAUCUUAGUCUGUCUUGGUUACUAGUGGCGCUGGUGGCACUCAAGACUUCCAGAGCAGUAGAUCUGCCCGAGUACCUGCAUGUCUGCCACCGGGAGGACCCAAAGCUAACGGAGUGCAUGAAGGAGUCGAUCGAAACCCUGCGACCGUAUCUGGCCCGAGGCAUCCCCGAGUUGGACAUUCCCUCGAUCGACCCCAUCCUUCUGGGCGAUUUGAUCGUGGCCGAGAGUGUACCGGGCCAGGGAGUGAGCAUUUCCGCCAAGGACAUCAAGGCCUACGGACCGUCCAACUUCAAGCUGAAGAAGCUAACGGUGGUGGAGUACGGCAAGAUCUACUCGUUCGAGCUGGAACUCCCGCAUCUAUACGUCGAGGGUCGGUACAUCGUCGAUGGACGAAUUCUGCUGCUGCCCGUUAAGGGAUCGGGCAAAUUUACCGGCAACUUCACGCAAGGCAUUGGCAGCGUUCGGAUCAAGGGCGAUCGGAAGCGCAUCAACGGCAAGGAUCACCUGUCGCUCGCGAAGCUGGACAUCAAGAUCAAGGUAUCGGAUGGACGUAUCAAGCUUGAGAAUCUAUUCGGGGGUGACCGAGUGCUCGGUGAAAUCAUCAACGAGACAAUCAAUCAGAACUUCAAUCUGCUGAGCACCGAGCUGAUUCCGUUGAUUGAAAAAGCCCUGCAGAGGAUAUUCAAGCGGACGGGCAACAAAAUCCUAGAGCGCUUCCCGGAGGAAGUCCUCUUCCCUUUGACACGGUUUUGCAGAUCGCGCUCAAUUGUUCGCACGGCCACGGGGACGGUGCUUGUGGCGAUCUGUUUGCUCUGGUCGGCGGCUCCUCGGCUGGCCGAGGCAAAAGAAAUCGCUAUCCGCAACAAGGAUGCACCGCAGUACAAAGAAAAGCCUGAGUGGCUGCGACAGUGUCACCGAAAGAACCCCAACGAGGACGAUUGCUUCAAGAGAAUGUUUGAAGGAACAUUCCCCUACAUAGCCAAAGGCAUUCCGGAAAUCGGUGUCCAGCCGUUCGAUCCGCUGCGUAUCGAAUCGAUCCAGGUGUCGCGUGGAUCCGGUGGGCUGACGCUAAGCGGUGGCUUCAAGAAGCUCAGCAUUAAGGGACCCUCGAACACAACAGUGCGCCGUGCGUCGCUCGACUUCGACAAGAAGGCUCUUAGCUUCGACCUGGAGAUCCCCAAACUGCGGAUCGAUGCCGUGUACAAUCUGAAGGGAAACGUCCUUCUUCUGCCACUGGUCGGCGAUGGGGACGUGACGAUGACACUGAAGAACGUCAAGACUGCGGUCGUCACCAAGUUCUCCGUUCGGCCACUUCCCGAGGAUGCCAUUUUUAUCGACGAAAUGAAAGUGACCUUCCUCGUCGGUGGAAUGCGCAUUCAUCUGGAUAACCUGUUCCAAGGGAAUCAAGUGCUGGGCGCCUCGCUCAACCUGUUCCUGAACCAGAACGCCAACGAAGUCAUCGCCGAGCUGCGGUCGGACCUCGAGUACGGGCUGGCCGAUAUCUUCACCGGGCUGUGGAACGAGCUGUUUAACAAGCUUCCACUGAAGCUGUGGCUCUCCUGAAGAGAAAAGGACUACCAGACACGUUCGCUCGACGUUCCGCCGAACGCAAGGACGCAUUGUAAAUAGUAACUGUUAAUCGGGUCG